CAGCGAGCACGAGCGCGUGACGCUGGCUGCGAGCACGAGCCCCAGCUCGAGAGCGUGUUCACUCUUCCGUCCUCCUCGUCCCCAAUGGCGGUGCUGUUGAUAGUCCACUAUCUGGGCUAAAUAUCUGCCUCAUUCCUCAAAAAAAAGACCGCCGAGGAACAAACCCAGGACUUCUUUUUUUGGUUUAUUUUCCCACCGCUUUUUUUUUUUUGUGUGUGUGUGGCUGGCGGAGACUCCAGGCUCCUCGGCGAGUGAGGGCAAACCGAAGGAGUUUGUGCUCCAAAGUAAGCUAAGGUUGGAGCUCCCCCAACCUUCCCCGCCUCCAGCCCGUUAGACUGCUCUGCUGCACAGGGCACAGCCAAGUAUGGGGUAAGAAGGCAUAGAGGCAACAUUACAGCACAGGUCAUGGCGGUGCUGCGGGUGAGGCUGAAGGUUGUGGUGAUGGUGAUGAUGGUGAACCUCUUCAUCUUCAUCCUGGUGUUCUGUCACGGCAGCCGGGACAAGAGCAGCCUCUUCAAAAUCAUAUUCGCCUUGAAGCCCUUCUGGAAAAGAAUGGCGCCCAGCCCGGCUUACUGGAACCGUCAGCAGCAGAUCUUGGACUUUUGGAACAACCCGAUCCUGUCCAACCACAGCCAGGGGGAUCUGCCCGACUGGCUGAACGGCACCCAGGUGCACCUCGACGCCUGCCGGCCAGACGUCGGAGUCAGCACUCAGGUGAAGGACUACAACACCCUGCCCGAGCGCUUCAAGGACUUCCUGCUUCACAUGCACUGCCGCUCGUACCCCAUGCUGGUGGACCAGCCCGACAUCUGCAACAAGCCCCCCUUCCUGCUCCUGGCCGUCAAAUCACUGGCGCUGAAUUUCGCCCGCCGCCAGGCCAUCCGCCAGUCGUGGGGGCGGUCAGGCGUGAUGGCCAAUCGGACCGUGGUCACCGUCUUCCUCCUGGGCCAAGCCUUGGCGGGAGACGACCACCCGGACGUGUCUGACAUGCUGGCCUACGAGAGCACCCUCUACCAAGACAUGCUCCAGUGGGACUACCGGGACUCCUUCUUCAACCUGACCCUCAAGGAGGUCCUGUUCCUGGACUGGGUUCAGGCGCGCUGUCCCAACGCCAGCUUCGUCUUCAAAGGGGACGACGACGUCUUCGUCAACACGUACGGCAUCUUGAGCUUCCUGGACGGCCUCUCGGAGCCCAAAGCGGCCGACCUUUUCGUGGGCGACGUCAUCACCAACGCGGGGCCGCACCGCGACAAGAAGGGCAAGUACUUCAUCCCAGACAGCAUGUUCGUGGGGUCCUACCCUCCGUACGCCGGGGGAGGCGGGUACCUCUACUCCAGGAGCGUGGCCGCUCGUCUGCACGAGGCGUCGACCCGCGUGGCGCUCUACCCGAUAGACGACGUGUACACGGGCAUGUGCCUGCUGAAGGUGGCGCUGGCCCCCGAGAAGCACAAAGGCUUCCGGACAUUCAACAUCGAGGAGAAGUACAGGAACAACCCCUGCGCCUACAAGAGCCUCAUGCUCGUCCAUCCGAGGACGCCGCAGGAGAUGAUCCGGAUCUGGUCCUGGCUCAGCCGGCCGGACCUCAGCUGCCAGUGAGCAUCGGCGGGCUGAGCGCUUUCCAAAAGGUCAAACGACUCACUCGACUUUUCAAGAUGGCAGCUUGAUGCCCGGAACGAAAGUGUUAGUAUUAAAAAUGUCUGCUUUGCUGUACAGAGAGCUGCCACCAAAGCGUCGGCGUCUUCAUCCGCGUGCGCGCACAUAUUUAUUUCUGAAAUAUUUAAAUGUCACGCUUUAACACUGGCCGUUCCGCAAGGGGGCGCACAAACGCUGUAUUGUAUACUCUGUGAGGAAACAAGUGCAGGUUGUGUUCAUGGGGUUAUUGCUGCCGGGGCGCUAGCUUACCCAGGAACAUUGCAUGAAUAAAGUUAUUUUAAAACGGAAAGGUCUGUAAUGUUGGAAGUAGUCCUGAGUUCUACUCCCGGAUGUCAAAUGUUAAGAGGCCUGUCUUUUUUUUAAAGUUAACACGCUACAAAGGUAAUACGGUAUUUUCCAGACUAUAGAGUGCACCGCUAUAUAAGCCGCCUCCACAAAAUUUUGGAAGAAAAAAUAUUCUUCCAUAUAUUAGCCGCAGAUAUAUACAUUGUGAAAUUAGUUAUUUUUUUAUUUUUAUUUUUCCAAAUGGUGUCUGUAACCCGGCAGUUAAACGGCUGAUCAAACAAAACAGAAGUCAUCUUCAUGGACCCACUAGCUGCGGAAGGUAGCUCUUCAAUCAGUUAAACAGACUCUAUAACUCCACGGUGACGUGUUGGUAAAUUUACGAAACUGAAACAAUACAAAAAGAAUAUUAACACAGACGCUCGUAAACGUGUUAGCAUAUUCAUUCAUUACAUUAUCAUAGCACGUACAAAAAUGCAUGAAAACACUCCUGCAGACAUCACACAUGGGACAGUCUAGUGAGUAUGAAUCUUUUUAGUUAUAUUGUAAAACUUACAAUCGCUUGGCGUGAUGAAUGAAGAAUCCAUACAAGUCGAAACGCUAUGGGUGGUUAUACUUCCGAUUUAAGGCAUUAAAACAGGACAUAGAGUUUUCAAACCGCAACACUUGCAGUGGGCACACCGUUUUGGUGCUUUGGUUUAAUUAAAACUAAAACACAAAACCUUUUGGCCAUUAGCAAAAGUAAAUCCACAAAUUAGCCGCACCGUUUUAUAAGCCGCAGGGUUCAAAGUGUUGAAAAAAUAGUCCGAAGUUUACGGUACUUCCUUGUGGCUGCAGGCUAACAGUCUGCUGCUGGUCUCUCAGGACUCCCCCCAGUAUUUACAUUGGACUUCGCUGGUCCUCAUCGUCUAAACAUGCUACACUACACACCAUAGGAGGAUACAGGACGCUGUGAUAGAGCUUUUGAAUGUAAACGGGGGUGGGCGGGUCGAUACAAAUAUCUACAGUAACGAUACCAAGUUUAGUAUCAGUGAAUGGUCAAUACUACAAAAUAGUUUUUUUUAUUGUUUACAAACUCAGGAAAUGAUUAGUAUAAGUGCAAAGACCAAAUUAUUUAAAUCAGCCAAUAGUGGUUUAAUUUUUGUGCACUUUUGAAUUUAUUUUGCUCCAAAUAUUGUAUAUAAUUUAAGGAAAUAAUUAACAUGUUUAAUUGAUGUUUUUACACCGCCGUCCUGUGUUUUACUGAUUAGAAUUGUGAUCAAAAAUGUAAUCAUUCAAUCAUCGUGAACAUUUUAAGUAUCAGCAUUAAUAUGACCGACACUGCCUUUAAGUAUUGAAUCGAUACCAUAUUUGUACUAUCACCCAAAAAACGGAUGUAAAGUGUCCAAACAACGGAAGAAUUAGUGUUUGUUAUUUUAACAAAAGUGUUGAUAGAACAGAAAGUAACCAGAUAUGACCAGAGAAUUAUCAAGUAGAUUAAUAUUAGGUUUUCAGACAAUACCAGCAAAAAUGAUGUAAUAUUUUACUGCACACAUCAGCAGCCACAUUAGGAGCCUUUGUGACCCGUUUUUGAAAUGCGGCUAUAAUCAUUUUUAUUCCAAAUAAUAUAUUGUUAUGGCAGGAGGCUGGAAUAUGUGUGGCGAUACAGGGCGAAUUGCCCAUCCCCCGUUUCAAGUGUGUUUUGGGAGUGCGUCCAUGAUGGAUCCAUGUCGCUGCACAGGAAAGAUCCCUUAUUCCAAAUAAUAUACCGUCUAUGGCAGGAGGCUGGAAUAUAUAUGGUGAUAUAGAUGUAAGGCCGUGAUGACAGCAAAGAUUCUUAUUCCAAAUAAUAUACCGUCAAUGGCAGGAGGCUGGAAUAUGUAUGGCGAUAUCGAUGUAAGGACGUAUCGCCCAUCCCCUGCUUCAAGUGCGUCCAUGAUGACAGCAAAGAUUUUUAAUUCCAAAUAAUACACCCUUAAUGGCAGGAGGCUGGAAUAUGUAUGGCGAUAUCGAUGUAAGGACGUAUCGCCCAUCCCCUGCUUCAAGUGCGUCCAUGAUGACAGGAAAGAUUUUUAAAUCCAAAUAAUAUACCGUUAAUGGCAGAAGGCUGGGAUUUGUAUGGCGAUAUCGAUGUAAGGCCGUAUCGGCCGUCCCCUGCUUCAAGUGCGUCCAUGAUGACAGGCAAGAUUUUUAAUUCCAAAUAAUACACCGUUAAUGGCAGGAGGCUGGAAUAUGUAUGGCGAUAUCGAUGUAAGGCCGUAUCACCCAUCUCCUGCUUCAAGUGCGUCCAUGAUGACAGCAAAGAUUUUUAAUUCCAAAUAAUACACCCUUAAUGGCAGGAGCCUGGAAUAUGUAUGGCGAUAUCGAUAUAAGGACGUAUCGCCCAUCCCCUGCUUCAAGUGCAUCCAUGAUGACAGCAAAGAUUCUUAUUCCAAAUAAUACACUGUUAAUGGCAGGAGGCUGGAAUAUAUAUGGCGAUAUCGAUGUAAGGCCGUAUCGCCCAUCCCCUGCUUCAAGUGCGUCCAUGAUGACAGGAAAACAUUUUAAAUCCAAAUAAUACACCGUUAUUGGCAGGAGCCUGGAAUAUGUAUGGCGAUAUCGAUGUAAGGCCGUAUCGCCCAUCCCCCGUUGCAAGUGCGUCCAUGAUGACAGCAAAGAUUCUUAUUCCAAAUAAUACACCGUUAAUUGCAGGAGGCUGGAAUAUGUAUGGCGAUAUCGAUGUAAGGCCGUAUCACCCAUGCCCUGCUUCAAGUGCGUCCAUGAUGACAGGAAAACAUUUUAAAUCCAAAUAAUAUACCGUUAAUGGCAGGAGCCUGGAAUUUGUAUGGCGAUAUCGAUGUAAGGCCGUAUCACCCAUCCCCCGCUUCAAGUGCGUCCAUGAUGACAGGAAAGAUUUUUAAUUCCAAAUAAAACACCGUUAAUGGCAGGAGGCUGGAAUAUGUAUGGCGAUAUCGAUGUAAGGACGUAUCGCCCAUCCCCUGCUUCAAGUGCGUCCAUGAUGACAGGAAAACAUUUUAAAUCCAAAUAAUACACCGUUAAUGGCAGGAGGCUGGAAUAUGUAUGGCGAUAUCGAUGUAAAGCCGUAUCUACCAUUCCCCGCUGCAAGUGCGUCCAUGAUGACAGGAAAACAUUUUUAAUCCAAAUAAUACACCGUUAAUGGCAGGAGGCUGGAAUUUGUAUGGCGAUAUCGAUGUAAGGCCGUAUCGCCCAUCCCCUGCUUCAAGUGCAUCCAUGAUGACAGCAAAGAUUGUUAUUCCAAAUAAUAUACCGUUAUUGGCAGGAGGCUGGAAUAUGUAUGGCGAUAUCGAUGUAAGGCCGUAUCGCCCAUCCCCUGCUUCAAGUGCAUCCAUGAUGACAGCAAAGAUUGUUAUUCCAAAUAAUAUACCGUUAUUGGCAGGAGGCUGGAAUAUGUAUGGCGAUAUCGAUGUAAGGCCGUAUCGCCCAUCCCCUGCUUCAAGUGCGUCCAUGAUGACAGGGAAGAUUUUUAAUUCCAAAUAAUAUACCGUUAAUGGCAGAAGGCUGGAAUUUGUAUGGCGAUAUCGAUGUAAGGCCGUAUCGCCCAUCCCCUGCUUCAAGUGCGUCCAUGAUGACAGGGAAGAUUUUUAAUUCCAAAUAAUAUACCGUUAAUGGCAGGAGGCUGGAAUUUGUACAGCGAUAUCGAUGUAAGGCCGUAUCGCCCAUCCCCUGCUUCAAGUGCGUCCAUGAUGACAGGAAAACAUUUUAAAUCCAAAUAAUACACCGUUAAUGGCAGGAGGCUGGAAUAUGUAUGGCGAUAUCGAUGUAAAGCCGUAUCUACCAUUCCCCGCUGCAAGUGCGUCCAUGAUGACAGGAAAACAUUUUUAAUCCAAAUAAUACACCGUUAAUGGCAGGAGGCUGGAAUUUGUAUGGCGAUAUCGAUGUAAGGCCGUAUCGCCCAUCCCCUGCUUCAAGUGCAUCCAUGAUGACAGCAAAGAUUGUUAUUCCAAAUAAUAUACCGUUAUUGGCAGGAGGCUGGAAUAUGUAUGGCGAUAUCGAUGUAAGGCCGUAUCGCCCAUCCCCUGCUUCAAGUGCAUCCAUGAUGACAGCAAAGAUUGUUAUUCCAAAUAAUAUACCGUUAUUGGCAGGAGGCUGGAAUAUGUAUGGCGAUAUCGAUGUAAGGCCGUAUCGCCCAUCCCCUGCUUCAAGUGCGUCCAUGAUGACAGGGAAGAUUUUUAAUUCCAAAUAAUAUACCGUUAAUGGCAGAAGGCUGGAAUUUGUAUGGCGAUAUCGAUGUAAGGCCGUAUCGCCCAUCCCCUGCUUCAAGUGCGUCCAUGAUGACAGGGAAGAUUUUUAAUUCCAAAUAAUAUACCGUUAAUGGCAGGAGGCUGGAAUUUGUACAGCGAUAUCGAUGUAAGGCCGUAUCGCCCAUCCCCUGCUUCAAGUGCGUCCAUGAUGACAGGAAAACAUUUUAAAUCCAAAUAAUACACCGUUAAUGGCAGGAGGCCGCUUCAAGUGCGUCCAUGAUGACAGGAAAACAUUUUAAAUCCAAAUAAUACACCGUUAAUGGCAGGAGGCCGCUGCAAGUGUGUCCAUGAUGGAUCCAUGUUGCUGCACAGGAAAUAUUUUUAUUCCGAAAGGGCACGUUAGGAAAGAAACAUGAAAGCUAAAACUCUACAAGCUCAAAAUGAUGCUCAAAAAUUGCUGAUAUAUAAUCUAUAUAUAUUUUUUGUAUUGAAGAUCACCAGAGCCGAGACAUAAAUAUUAUUUUACAAACAAAAUCAAAUAUUUUCAUUGUUUUUUGUCAAAAGAAGAAAAAGUAUAAAUGUUGUGUUUUGAUUGGAACUUUCCAGAAGUAUUUUCCUACUUAUUAGUGCCUUAGCGUUUCAUUUCAUUCAGCCAUGAUGUUCUAUUGCUACAAUAAUUUCAUAUGUCUCUAAUAUUCUAUUUUUCUUCACUCGCCCGUUUGUGCUUUAUUUCCAGAACGUUCACUUUCAUGCGAAUGUUUGCAGCUAUGGAAUCAUUUUGGCCUCACAUUUAAUAUCCACAAUUUAAUUUAGUCCCAUAAAACUAGAAAAUGAUAUUUCCUUUUUCAAUCCCCCCACUGCAGUACUACUAUUAGUACUGUUAGUACUAUUAGUACUAUUAGUACUGUUAGUACUAUUAGUACUGUUAGUACUAUUAGUUCUAUUAGUAGUUAGGCUUCAGCUUUGUGUGACAAUGAAUGUUAGGACUCCCCCUGCUGGCCAGGGUGCUCACCUACAUGCAACAGUACUAUGUUGUUUAUGGAGAGAUGUUCUCCAGACUUUCUUGAUCUUCUUGAGUUUGUUCCGUUUGCGUUCGCCAGUCUCGACGAUCACGUGAUGCGACCUUUGACCCCGUCGGACUAGUCCGGUCGACUCCCUGGUGGACAAUCGGCUCCCUCGGUAUCACGUGAUCAGAUACUUGAAGACUUCAAAGGUCGUCCAUGAUUGACUGACUUGGACUUCAACUCUUUUUUUUUUCUUUAAACGCUGGCUUGUUUUCUGCUGAUGCAAACACUGGUAAUGUUAUUAACUUGUUGUACUGGUAAAGGUGUUGUACUGGGAAAGCUAUUGCAACUUGUUUUACUGGUAGAGGUAUUACAACUUGUUGUUUUACUGAUAAAGGUUUUAACAAUUUGUUGUUGGAUGGCAAAAUGUUUGAACAACUUCUACUGGUAACGAUAAUACAACUUGUUGUUAUACUGGUAAAGGUAUUACAACUUGUUGUACUGGUAAAGAUAUUACAACUUGUUGUACUGGUAAAGAUAUUACAACUUGUUAUACUGGUAAAGGUAUUACAACUUGUUAUACUAGUAAAGCUAUUACAACUUGUUGUUAUACUGGUAAAGGUAUUACAACUUGUUAUACUGGUAAAGAUAUUACAACUUGUUGUACUGGUAAAGGUAUUACAACUUGUUGUACUGGUAAAGGUAUUACAACUUGUUAUACUGGUAAAGGUAUUACAACUUGUUGUACUUUUAAAGGUAUUACAACUUGUUGUACUUUUAAAGGUAUUACAACUUGUUGUACUGGCAAAGAUAUUACAACUUGUUGUACUGGUAAAGGUAUUACAACUUGUUAUACUGGUAAAGGUAUUACAACUUGUACUGGUAAAGGUAUUACAACUUGUACUGGUAAAGGUAUUAUAAUUUGUUAUACUGGUAAAGGUAUUACAACUUGUUGUACUGGUAAAGGUAUUACAACUUGUUAUACUGGUAAAGAUAUUACAACUUGUACUCGUAAAGGUAUUACAACUUGUACUGGUAAAGGUAUUACAACUUGUACUGGUAAUGGUAUUACAACUUGUUGUUGUACUGGUAAAGGUGUUACAACUUGUUGUUGUACUGGUAAAGGUAUUACAACUUGUUGUUGUACUGGUAAAGGUAUUCCAACUUGUUGCUGUACUGGUAAAGGUAUUACAACUUGUUGUUUUACUGAUAAAGGUUUUUGCAAAAUGUUCUAACAACUUCUACUUGUAAAGAUAUUACAACUUGUUGUACUGGUAAAGGUAUUACAACUUGUUGUACUGGUAAAGGUAUUACAACUUGUUGUUGUACUGGUAAAGGUAUUACAACUUGUUGUUGUACUGGUAAAGGCAUUACAACGUGUUGUUGUACUCGUAAAGGUAUUACAACUUGUUAUACUGGUAGAGGUAUUACAACUUGUUGUUUUACUGAUAAAGGUUUUAACAAUUUGUUGUUGGACGGCAAAAUGUUCUAACAACUUCUACUUGUAAAGAUAUUACAACUUGUUGUACUGGUAAAGGUAUUACAACUUGUUAUACUGGUACAUUUAUUACAACUUGUUAUACUGGUAAAGGUAUUACAAUGUGUUAUACUGGUAAAUGUAUUACAACUUGUUAUACUGGUAAAGGUAUUACAACUUGUUAUACCGGUAAAGGUAUUACAGCUUGUUGUACUGGUAAAUGUAUUACAACUUGUUAUACUCGUAAAGGUAUUACCUUUACCAGUAUAACAACAAGUUGUAAUACCUUUACCAGUACAACUAGCUGUAAUAUCUUUACAAGUAGAAGUUGUUAGAACAUUUUGCCGUCCAACAACAAAUUGUUAAGACCUUUAUCAGUAAAACAACAAGUUGUAAUACCUCUACCAGUAUAACAAGUUUUAAUACCUUUACCAGUAUAACAACAAGUUGUAUUACAACUUGUUAUACUGGUAAAGGUAUUACAACUUGUUGUAAAUACCUUUACUAGUACAUCAACAAAUUGUAAUACAUUUACCAAUAUGUGUUGUUGUACUGUUAAAGGUAUCAACAAUGUGGUGUUUUACUGGUAUUACCAACUCCUGGGGAUAGGUUGAUUGGCAACACUAAAUUGGCCCUAGUGUGUGAAUGUUGUCUGUCUAUCUGUGUUGGCCCUGCGAUGAGGUGGCGACUUGUCCAGGGUGUACCCCGCCUUCCGCCCAAUUGUAGCUGAGAUAGGCUCCAGCACCCCCUGCGACCCCGAAGGGAAUAAGCGGUAGAAAAUGGAUGGAUGGAUGGUAAAAGUAUCAACAUGUUGUACUGGUAAAAGUAUUAACAACGUGUUGUUGUACUGGUAAAGGUAUUUACUACAUGUUGUUGUACUGGUAAAGGUAUUAACAACAUGUAGUAGUACUGGUAAAGAUAUUAACAUGUUGUACUGGUAAAGGUAUAUACAACGUGUUGUUGUACUGGUAAAGGUAUAUACAAAGUGUUGUACUGGUAAAUGUGUUAACAACUAGUUGUUAUACUGCUAAGGGUAUAGAAAACUUGUAAAGGUAUUGACUACUAGUUGUUGUACUGGUAAAGGUACAGACAACUAGUUGUUGUACUGCUAAAGGUACAGACAACUUGAUGUUGUACUGGUAAAAGUAUUGACAACUAGUUGUUGUACUGGUAAAGAUACAUACAACUUGAUGUUGUACUGGUAAAAGUAUUGACAACUAGUUGUUGUACUGGUAAAGGUACAUGCAACUUGAUGUUGUACUGGUAAAAGUAUUGACAACUAGUUGUUGUACUGGUAAAGGUACAUACAACUUGAUGUUGUACUGGUAAAAGUAUUGACAACUAGUUGUACUGCUAAAGGUACAGACAACUUGAUGUUGUACUGGUAAAAGUAUUGACAACUAGUUGUUGUACUGGUAAAGGUACAUACAACCUGAUGUUGUACUGGUAAAAGUAUUGACAACUAGUUGCUGUACUGGUAAAUGUAUAUACAACUAGUUGUAUUGGUAAAGGUAUUGGGAACUAGUUGUUGUACUGGUAAAGGUACAUACAACUCAAUGUACUGGUAAAAGUAUAUACAACUAGUUUACUGUACUGGUAAAGGUAUAUACAACUAGUUGUUUUACUGGUAAAGGUAUAGACAACUAGUUGUUGUAUUGGUAAAGGUAUUGGGAACUAGUUGUUGUACUGGUAAAGGUGCAUACAACUCAAUGUACUGGUAAAAGUAUAUACAACUAGUUUACUGUACUGGUAAAGGUAUAUACAACUAGUUGUUUUACUGGUAAAGGUAUAGACAACUUUUUGUUGUACUGGUAAAGGUAUAAACAACUUGUUGUACUGCUAAAGGUAUUGACAACUUGUUGUUGGAGAAACUCAGGUAAGACGUGACUGACUAGUGGCAGACCAAAUGUGCGCCUGAUUGUUCAUGAUUUCACAAACACGUUGAUGAUGUCAUGAAAUGUGUUGUUGUUGUUGUCGAAUGUACUCGUCUGUUUUGCAACAUGAAUAAACAAAGUAAGACACA